AUGUUGGCCUGUCAUCCUGCAAAAAUGUUAUCGUUUAACCGAUUAAUUAGUGAUGGAGAUUUGGUUAUUGUUUAUGAAAAGCAUGACAGCAUGAAGGCUGUAACCGUGUGUGAGGGUUCAGUCCUGCAGAAUCGUUUUGGUGUUUUUAAACAUUCAGAUUGGAUAGGAAAACCGUUUGGGUCUAAAGUAUUUAGCAGUAAGGGUGGUUUUGUGCACUUGUUAGCUCCCACACCAGAAUUGUGGACUAUGGUAUUAAACCACAGGACUCAGAUUCUCUAUAUUGCGGAUAUUAGUUUUGUUAUCAUGUACUUGGAGGUUGUUCCUGGUUGCGUGGUUCUUGAAUCUGGAACUGGUAGUGGAUCUUUGACUACUUCACUUGCAAGGGCAGUUGCUCCUUCAGGACACGUCAAUACCUUUGAUUUCCAUGAACAAAGGGCUGAAUCAGCUAGGGCUGAUUUUGAGAGAACAGGUCUAAGCAGCUUAGUCACUGUGAAAGUUAGGGACAUUCAGGGUGAAGGAUUCCCUGAUGAUUUUUCAGGCAUGGCUGACUCUGUAUUUCUGGAUCUACCUCAACCUUGGCUUGCCAUCCCUUCAGCGGCAAAAGUGUUAAGAAAUGAUGGCACAUUCUGCUCUUUCUCUCCUUGUAUUGAACAAGUACAACGAACAUGUGAAACACUCCGAACCCAUUUCACAGAUAUAAGGACAUUUGAGAUACUGUUACGCACGUAUGAAGUUCGGCAAGAGAAAAUGCAAAGCUCACGUGAGGAUGGUAAUGAUUCUAAUGGUUCUCUUCCUAGCAAGAGGAGACAAUGCUCUGAUGGAAGCUAUGUACUCGGCAGCUGUCCUUCUAUUUCUUCUGUCAUGGCUAGACCUUGUGGUGAAGCUCGAGGUCACACAGGCUAUUUGACAUUUGCAAGAGUUAAAUGUGUCUCAUGA